UGGUUGCAAUUGAAUUGUCGGGUCAGAUGAAGGAUAAAGAAAAAUCAAGAUAGAGCGACAAAACGGAUGGAGCCCGAUAGCUGUUAUAAGUGUUACGUCCACUAAAAAUGCAAUCAAAUCGAACUCAUUAAUCAACGUCGGUGUAGCACAAUAGAGCUGCGGAGAAAAUUAGUUUGCUUUGAAUCUAGAGUGAGUCGAGUGGUUCUGAACGUGUAACUAGAAGUGAUAAUCAUGACUGUGUAUUGAAACAGAAUAAUUUUGGUAGAAAGUUGUGAAAGAUGGCCACAUUUACCAGUGUGUCGAAUAAUGCUCACUAGCACUUUUGAACUAAACAAUGAUAAACGUUUCUGACGGACACAAUACAAUGUAUUUUGGGGUGUCGUGUGUUUUUUCGUCUUUAAUUAAUCUACGUUUUGAAUUCGACAAUGCCUUAAACAUUGAACGACUUCUGUCUAAUACUCUCUUCUGUCGAUGCAGUGCAGCGAUGCUUGAUGCUAAUACGGAAGAUGUUCUUUUUUUCAAAUCCAGUCAAAUGGAAAAUGUGUCUUAGUGAGGUGAAUCCGUGUAUUCAGCUAUCAAGAACUCACGUCGUAUGCUCAAUUAUUUUUCCAGUAAAUGAUAUAACCACGAGCAACUCCAUCCAGCACAGCAAUGGACGUAUAGUUAUUCCGUACUUUGUCCGCGGAUUUUGCAUACCGCAACCGCUCAGCAAAACUGCAGAAUAAUUGUCUCCACAGGGCACGCGAAACCGAAGGACUUGGUGACCGUGGAAUGACCUAGCACCAGCACCACGGCGGACCACCAGUUCAGUCGGUACGACCCAGUGAAAGUUAAUCUAGUGCGCGAACGAGUGCCGUCCCGGUGUCUCCGACUGUACCGUACUGUGGAGCAGGAGAAGCCACCGCCGCCGCCGCCGACCAGAACCAGUGCCAAUAAUGACCACUUUGUCACAUCCCUUCAAAGACAGUCCGGAGCCGCUGGAAGUGCCCAAGCAGUAUGCCGCCGACGUGGACGCACUGUACGAAUGGAUAAAGGACCAGCCCCGGUUUCCGGCGUUCUCCAAGAACCAUGCGCACCUGUUCCUGCACGCCUGCCUGUGGCAGAUGGAGGACGCCAAAAAGGCACUCCAGAAGUACGCACAGAUCCACGCCAACUCGCCGGAAAUAUUCGAUAACCGAGACAUCAUGAGUGCCGGCGUACAGAUGACCCUGAAUGCCACCCACAUGGUGGCCUUACCAAGGACCACUCCGGAGGGCUACCGGCUGCUGUACUACCGGCUAUCCGAUACGGAUCCAUCCAAGAUGAACUUUGCCGAGGCCGUCAAGUCGUUCUGUAUGUUCAACGAUGUGCAGAUCAGCGUGGACGGCAUCAUGGAGGGCUACAUCGUCGUGUUCGACAUGAAGGGCGUCCGGUUGGGGCAUCUGGCCCGCGUCCAGUUCGGUCCGUUGCGCGUCUUCAUGAGCUACAUUCAGGAUGCGCAUCCGGUGCGGCUGAAGAAGAUCUACAUCGUGCAUACGGCUUCGUUCAUCAACCAGGUGAUGGCGCUGGUGAAACCACUGAUCAAGUCCGAGCUGCUCGGACUGCUACAGUUCACAGCGGCCGGACCGGAGGAGAUUGUCGGUGUUGACUACCUACCGAAGGAUUUCGGAGGUCCGUUCGAUGAGGUCGCUACGAUGCACGCCGAGCAGAAGCGUCGCCUGGAAACGGAGUAUCGCGAAUGGUUGCUAGAUUCCAGUGCCCUGAAGGAAGCUCCAAAACAGAAGCCAAAUGCUGGUGCCUCCGCCAAUGCCAUCAAACCACCGGUGAAAGCCUUCCGUGGGCUGGAAAUCGAUUAGCGGGCUUGGGCUGACGAGCUGCAUACGCGUUUACAGUGAUAUUACUACUCUCGGGGAAAGGGGGCAGGGGGAUGGGAGGGAGGGUGGGAUGCUAGUGGUAACACACACGGGCACACGAUGAUGCUGAUGUGAACCGUGUGAACACCUUUUCGUUUUCACUUACUCGUAAGCAUCCUGUUCGCGUUCUAAUGCAGAAUAAGAAGAACAAAAAUCCGAGGAUCGCCAACAGGAUGCAGACGCAGAACCUCGACACAACCGUAACCGUUUGUUUGAUUUCGUUUCAUUUGAGGGAAUUUUAUGUUUCGUAAGAUUGUUUUGUACCUUUUUCAUCCAUCAUUUUUGUAUCUGUAUCUAUUACUCUGUUAGUGCCUUGUUUUUUUAGUGAGGUCGGUUUUACUGUUUUGUAUGUAACCCUUUGUGUGAGUGUAUGUGUGCACGUGCGCACCGUUGUCCGUGGUGGUGUUUGCGCGGCGUAACCGGAACCACCGUUCUAGUUGGAAUUGUAAAUAAAGACAAUCGAGGCGCCCGAAGAACGUUGCCGACGGCGAAGACA